UCAAGAUGUCAGCCCUCAGUGGUUACAUGUGUUUUCAGAGAUGUCACAUUUUUCGAAUGUCACGAACUUUACUGCAAGCAUAUGUCAACAAAUAUUCUCAUAGAGAAAGUUACAAAAAGACACGUUUUCCAACAUACUCGAGUUGUCUUUUACUGUAUUCUACUCAGCAAAGUGGAACACUGAAAGGGUUGACUGAUGAAAUUCUGAAGGCCAAAACAGCAGCAGAAAAAGAGAGUGAUAAAUCGUCAAAAAAGGAUGACAGCAAAGGGUCAAAGGAAUCAAAGUGGACUGGAAAAAAUGCUUGGAGGCUUGGUUUAGUUUUAAUGAGUGGCUGGAGUAUUAUAUCAGGAGGAAUGAUGUUAUAUAUUUGGGGAUCACCACCUCAAGAUCCAGAUGGGAUAUUUCUGGAAGAUGAAUACAGCCACUUGCCAACUUAUAAAGCGUAUUUGAAAAGAGCUAUGAAUGAAUUUUCUAUAUUCAGAGAGAAAAUUCAAGAACCGUCUCGCCAGAAGUUGCUUCCCGAUCCCCUGGAGUAUCCGUAUGUUCAGCCACGGUACACUCUCGUUCUCGAAAUGACUGGUGUGCUCGUGCAUCCAGACUGGACAUACGGCACAGGUUGGCGCUUUAAGAAAAGGCCAGGAAUUGACCACUUUCUACAAAGUGUGGCACCACCGUUGUUUGAGAUUGUUAUCUACACCUCAGAACAUGGUUAUAUGGCCGAUGCACUGAUUAACAGUCUGGACCCGAAUGGUUUCAUCAUGUACCGUCUGUACCGGGACACAACGCGAUACAUGGAUGGACAUCAUGUUAAGGAUCUUUCUUGCUUGAAUCGAGAUCUGUCCAAGGUGAUCUUCCUUGACUGGAAUCCCCAGUCGUUCAAGCUACAACCAAAAAACACGUUUCGACUCAAGAAGUGGAGCGGGGAAGAUGGAGACACCACCUUGUAUGAUUUGGGCAACUUCCUUAAAACUGUGGGUACGAGUGGUGUUGAGGAUGUACGGGAUGUGAUGGAGUACUACAGCCAGUUUGAUGACCCCAUUGCAGCUUUCAAAGAAAACCAGAGGAAACUUCAAGAGCAGGAGCAGGCACUAGCUCAACAACAGAAGCAAGAAGUGAAGAAGCCAGCGCCAAGCUGGGCCGGCCUGAACAUCUUUAAGAGAUGAUGGCUGCCGCGGUUUGGUCCUGUUGACUGGUACACAUGCCCUGAUCUGCUAAAACUGUUUUUUUUUUUAAUGCAGGUGCUCAAUUGACCUCCAUCCAUAGAUAUAUAGCUGUAAACAAUGGUGUUUUUAUGAUCUUCAUAUGACCUCCCAGAAACGGUUAUUAAACAUUUGAUACAUUUUGUACUCACUCUCAGACAAUUGUGAAUACAGGGUUUGAACUUUAGAAUUUGUCAUACAUAGCAAUUGCUUUUUUAAUGCCAUUGGUGAAACGGCUUACUGAUGGUAAUUUUGAACUUACAGCAAUUUGGGGUUUUUUAAUAACUUUUGCAGCAAAUAAACAUGACUGAAGGGUUUGCUGUAUAAAAGUCGGUUUCAAAUGUCAGGGGUGGGAAUUCUCCUCGGAUCUUCUGUUUUCCUCUCAUGGAAAUUGCAUUUCCUCGCAUUUUAAUCGUCCUUUCCUCCAAAAUGUGUCAGAUGGCACAGAUUUUAACCUAGGAUUUGAAGAAUAUCCAGGACCCCUCUAGAUUUUCUCUUUUUUUACAGUUCGCCAUUUCCCAUCUCUGAAUGUACAAAAUUGUGUAUACAUUUUGGUGUAAACAUUUUGUGGAUGUUGAGCUGCUUUACAGAGGCAGUAAUUUUUAUCCAGCAGCACAUUGAUGUUUGGCAAUUUAUAUCCCACUGACGGCAGUUUUCAUUGGUGUCAUCGAUAAGUUCAAGUUCUGUAAAUAUAUAUGUAUUUUUCGUUUCGUCUUUGUGUGUGUUUGAAGCCCUGCAAGCAGGAUAAAACAAUCAUCAGUUUAUCAAGACUGUAGUUUGAUUUUGAGUUGGUAAAAGAUGUUAAGUACUAAAACAUGCAAUUGCUACUUUAUGGCAUGUAUUCCAGUAUGAAGAUUGUACAAAAUAUCAUGUGGUUGUUUUACAAAAGGUUAUUAUGUGUCAGUGUGAGAAGGGUAGAGGUGAUAAGCAAUUUUAUUCAGUGGCAGAUUUGGUUUGAGGCAACUUGAUAUAAUUACCAGUUUGAUGGCAAACUGUAUCAUACUAACAUCCUGCACCAAUAUACAUAUAUUCUGCUUUCUUCAUUCACAAAAUCCUGUGUCGCUGGAAAAAAAAUUGUGUGGAUUAAAGUAAACUGCAAACUGUAUCAUACUAACAUAAUAUACAUAUAUUCUGCAUAUACGAGCUAACGGCCUCACUUUGAUGGCAGACGGCACCAUACUAAUGUCCCGGACUAAUAUUGCUGUCAACAUAUAUUCUGUUUUCUUCAUUCACAAAAUCCUGAAUCUGUCCAUAUCUCACUGGAAUUUUGUUUUGUGGAUUGAAGUGUUAUAUAAUGUAGUUGAUUGAUAUUGUCAUCAUUUCUUUUGUAAGUAUUGAUUGUUACAAUAGUAAAUAUAUAUAAGUCCAUCUUAACAAACUCUGAAAAACAUUGUGUCCUGUGUGAAUAGUGCCACAGUAUUUUAUGACGGCAUUUAAUGAAAUGCUAGUUAAAAACAAAUUCACAAUUUGUACUUUAUUUGAAAAAGGAAAAAUCCAUGCUCCAUUAACCUGAAGCUUACUGUUACCAUUUGUGAACAUCAGUACAAGUACAUGUGUAUAACAUAACCUUUUAUUAUUAUUACAUCUCCCGCCUGUUACCAACUACGUUGGACUGCUGAUGCUCCCUUGCACCUGCCAGUCAGGCGGUCCCUCCUUCAACCACCCCAACCCUUUCCUGUCCUGGACGGAGGAACCGGCUGAGGCUGGUACUUGUGCCCAGGACAGGCAUGUGCUACAACAGCUUGCUCUGAAUGUGCAUGCUAAACAAUUUGGAAUUGAAUUAUUACAUUAGUCAAAUCAGUUUCAUUUAUGAAGUGGAAUGAUAAAGAACUAUUACUGCUGUGACAAAUACCAUCUGUGGUAGAUUUUGUCAUUUCAUUUGCUCCUCUGUAGAAUUUUGUAUUGUAUACAGUUUGAUGCAGAACUUCAAAGUAAUGGUCAUUUCUGUAAUUUUUGUUAGAAAUUAUUAAAUGUGAGGAUACAUACUUGUACAUAAGAUGCUAGCGUGUGAUUUAAAUAAAAGUGCUUAUAAAAAUAA